UAGAUGUAUUCAAUUGGACAAUCACGUACCGGAGUGACAGUACAAUACCAGCACCAUACAAUAAAUUCGUGUAUUAUGAUCCGCGGAUAAAACAGAAACAACAAAAUCGAAAUUAUGCUGCGAAUAAGACAAAAAAAGUUGCAUGGUUUGUUUCAAAAUUUGACAUCACCACCGAUACUUGAUCGAACGAUAUUUUUCGAGGAUACAUCGUGUAAAAGCGGUAUCGUAUCAUUUACUUCGAGGCAAGCUUGUGCCAUCGAAUCGGCUGCAAAGUGGAAUCCGAAUCGGGAUAUUUUUGUGCUGUUCAAUGCGCCUAUAGGCUUGCCUGCAAAUGGAUCAAUGGUCAAUUCACCAAUAUUGAAAGCAUUAUCGUCAUACUCGAACAUCAAGUACCGCAAUGUGGAUUGGUAUAAAUAUGCCAUGAUCAACGUCUAUUCCACAUUGUCUUAAUAAAUUUUUAAAAUAUGGAUUUGCUCGUAUGGAUAUGAUCGCAUUUUUGAUGAAUCGUAUGCCAAUCGUGUUUGAGCAAUGAAUUCUUUACUCGGAAGCUAUAUAUAAAUCCAAUGAAAAUGCAAAGUAUCGACGCAAGUGACGUCUUUGUUGACACAAAUGGUAAGUGUUUGGAAAUUGCUGUCGUUGUUGUUUUUUUUUCUUUCAAGGUUUUCGUAACUCAAUCGAUAUAAUCAUCGAUAAAGUGAUGAAUGUUUGGUUCAUUCAGUCAACGAGUGAUCAACAUGAACGAUUGGUUUAAAUUAUACUUAUCAGGACGAAGAUUCCAUAAAAGUUUAAUUUUAUCAAUUGUACUGGUAGCGAUUGGACUUAUUGUUCUGAAUUUUAUGUUAAUUUCGGAGGAUAAAAAUCCUCAUUACAAAAGUAAUGAAGAGCUUGAAUAUGAAUAUGCCAGUGAGAUGGAUGAUUACGAUCCGUCUAGUUUUUCCAUUUUGAUAAAAUCGAAAGCAUGGUACUUAAAAAAUGGUACACGAUACCCAGAAUCGGCAUCUAUUUCUAGGCAUGAUACAGCUUUGUUGCCAUUCGAAAAAUCGGAUAAUGAUCGCAUUCUAAAUCAGUUGAUGUUUAUUCCCCCAAAUUAUAAUCCGAAGAAUAUCAAAACAAUUUUGGUAAAUAAUGGAUAUCCGUAUUGGUUUGGGCUUAAGGAAGAGGCUCAAAAGAUGGUUGGAGAUCCCCCGUUUUGGUGGAAACAACAAAAAUCCGAAGACAUAUUCAAAGAUUUAAAAUGUCCGGUUGAUGCAUGCCGAAUAACAGACAACAAAAAGGAGAGACAAAGCGCCGAUUUGGUUUUCUUCCUUGAUUCUUAUGAGCAUACAAAUGAGACAAGACCAGCAAAUCAACUGUAUGCACUUCAUCACAUGGAAAGCGCUAUGGGGACAAACCCUUUCGAUUACCCAGACGUAUUCAAUUGGACCAUAACAUACAGGCACGAUAGCAUCAUAACUACACCUUAUAAUAAAUGGGUUUAUUAUAACCCUCGGAUCAAACAGAUGGAGCAAAGCAAGAAUUUUGCAGCACAUAAAACCAAAAAAGUGGCAUGGUUCGUUUCAAACUGUUGGCCUUUUAACAACCGAAACCAAUAUGCUGCAGAGCUCAACCAGUAUAUUCCCGUUGAUAUUUAUGGCAAUUGUGGAACUAUGCACUGUCCACUCUCGGAUGAGGAAAAAUGCCAUCACAUCCUUGACGAUGACUAUAAAUUUUAUUUGGCUUUUGAAAAUGCAAACUGCAAAAACUAUAUCACUGAAAAAUUCUUCACCACGGGACUUGGGCAUGAUGUCAUACCUAUUGUGAUGGGAAGCACACCUGAGGACUAUGAAAAAUACGCACCUCUUCGAUCGUUCAUUCAUGUCGAUCAUUUUAAAUCACCGAAAGAAUUGGCCGAAUACUUGCACAUUCUAGAUCAAAAUGAUGAUUUGUAUAAUUCGUAUUUCAAAUGGAAGGGAACCGGCGAAUUCAUUCCAAAUUGGGCUUAUUUUUGGUGCCGAAUAUGCGCCUUACUACAUGAUGAUCAUACCAUGUCCACGAAACAUUGGUACAAAGAUAUAAAUGAAUGGUGGCGAGGACCCGGAAUCUGUACAAAAGGCUCUUGGCGUCAGGCAUAAAGGCAUAAUUUGAAUUUUUUCCCUAGUGAGUUUAUUUUUCGCAUAUCGAAUGGUUUCACAUUACGUGACUGAAUAAAUUCUAUUCAGCCUUGUUUAGGCUGAGUUCAAAUGAA